GAGGACAUGAUAUCGUGCUAGGGUGGAGAGGCAGGAUGAAUUGGCGGCUGGGAUGAAUUUGAGCUGACCAAAGGAGGUAUUUAGAGAGGAAAGGGAGGAAAAGGGAAGAUAACUGCAGUUCCCAUGAUGUAUGGAGGGAAGACUACAUUUCCCAUGAUGCCCCGGAAGAGGACGCAGGGAAGAAAGACUGCAUGUCCCGGGAUGCUCUCCUCCCGCGAGCGGCGGAGCUUGAACCGGAAGACUCUUUCAAGGCUUGAGGAGUCCAGUGGCUGGUGUUGAACAUCCAAAAGUCCAAUAUGAAACUGUAUUGCCUGUCGGGGCACCCAACCUUACCAUGCAAUGUGCUCAAAUUCAAAUCAACCACCAUUAUGUUGGACUGUGGACUGGACAUGACUUCCACCCUCAAUUUCCUUCCUUUGCCACUUGUUCAAAGUCCCAGGCUGUCUAAUCUUCCUGGCUGGUCCCUAAAGGAUGGAAAUGUUUUCUUGGACAAGGAGCUAAAGGAGUGCUCAGGUCAUGUAUUUGUGGAUUCUGUGCCUGAAUUCUGCUUACCAGAGACGGAGCUAAUAGAUCUGUCUACGGUGGAUGUGAUCCUCAUUUCUAACUACCACUGCAUGAUGGCACUGCCCUAUAUCACUGAGCAUACCGGCUUCACAGGCACGGUGUAUGCCACGGAGCCUACCGUGCAGAUCGGCAGGCUUCUCAUGGAAGAGCUGGUGAAUUUCAUUGAAAGAGUGCCCAAGGCUCAGUCUGCCUCCUUGUGGAAGAACAAGGACAUUCAGCGGCUGCUGCCAUCUCCUCUCAAGGACGCAGUGGAAGUAUCAACCUGGAGAAGAUGCUAUACAUUGCAAGAGGUGAACUCUGCCCUUAGUAAAAUCCAGCUGGUGGGAUAUUCUCAGAAAAUUGAGCUUUUUGGUGCUGUCCAGGUGACCCCUCUAAGCUCUGGCUAUGCCCUUGGAAGCUCCAACUGGAUUAUUCAGUCCCAUUAUGAGAAAGUAUCUUACGUCUCUGGAUCUUCCUUGCUUACCACACACCCACAGCCCAUGGACCAAGCGUCUCUCAAAAACAGCGAUGUUCUCGUCCUGACAGGCCUCACCCAGAUUCCCACUGCAAACCCCGACGGCAUGGUGGGGGAGUUCUUCAGCAACCUGGCACUGACCGUCAGGAAUGGGGGAAACGUGCUGGUUCCCUGCUACCCUUCGGGCGUGAUCUAUGACCUCCUGGAAUGCCUGUAUCAGUACAUCGACUCGGCCGGCCUCUCCAGCAUCCCCUUCUACUUCAUCUCCCCCGUGGCCAACAGCUCACUUGAGUUUUCCCAGAUCUUUGCCGAGUGGCUUUGUCACAACAAACAGACUAAGGUGUAUCUCCCAGAACCACCUUUUCCUCAUGCAGAGCUCAUUCAGACCAACAAGCUGAAGCACUACCCCAGCAUCCACGGUGACUUCAGCAACGAUUUCAGACAGCCGUGUGUGGUGUUUACUGGGCACCCUUCCCUCCGGUUUGGGGACGUGGUCCAUUUCAUGGAGCUCUGGGGAAAGUCUAGUCUCAACACUGUCAUAUUCACAGAACCUGACUUCUCAUACCUGGAAGCACUGGCUCCAUACCAGCCCUUGGCCAUGAAAUGCAUUUACUGCCCCAUUGAUACACGACUGAAUUUCAUCCAAGUGUCAAAGCUGCUCAAAGAAGUGCAGCCCCUGCACGUGGUCUGUCCCGAGCAGUACACGCAGCCGCCCCCUGCGCAGGCCCACAGGAUGGACCUGAUGAUCGACUGCCAGCCCCCACCCAUGUCCUACCGGCGGGCCGAAGUCCUCGCCCUGCCCUUCAAGCGGCGCUAUGAGAAGAUCGAAAUCAUGCCAGAGCUCGCAGAUUCACUGGUGCCCAUGGAGAUUAAGCCUGGCAUUUCCUUGGCAACCGUUUCAGCCGUGCUGCACACUAAAGAUAACAAGCACAUUCUUCAGCCCCCGCCCAGGCCCGCCCAGCCCACGGGUGGUAAGAAGAGAAAGCGGGUGAGUGAUGACAUCCCAGACUGCAAGGUCCUGAAGCCCUUGCUGAGCGGCUCCAUCCCAGUGGAACAGUUUGUGCAGACCCUGGAGAAGCACGGCUUCAGUGACGUUAAAGUGGAAGACACAGCCAAGGGCCACAUCGUCCUGCUCCAAGAAGCCGAGACCCUCAUCCAGAUUGAGGAAGAUUCAACCCAUAUCAUUUGUGACAAUGACGAGAUGCUCAGGGUACGAUUACGGGACCUCGUCCUCAAAUUCCUACAGAAGUUCUGAAUGAAACACUGAGAUCCCACCAUCCUUCACACUCUGCCUGCCCAGCACAAGCCAACUGAGGAAGGGCAUGAAAGGUUAGCCAGCCUUUGUGUUCUCUGGCCAAAGGGGAAAAAGGCUCUGAGGCACACUGUCAGGAGCGAUGGUCAGCACCUUCUGGUCUGGACUUGUAGUACUGUUUCAGGCAAGAGCUUUUGCUUUUAGACUCAUUUUCUUCCCAAGUCUGGCUCUCUUGGGCAGCCAGGAUAGUAAGACAGCGAGCUGUGUGGCAUAAGAGUGACAGAAGCAGUUUUCCAAGAGGUUAGUGGUGGGAGGGGAGGUAAAACGAUGACUGACCUGUUGUCUCAAGUGGCCAGUGUGUCACAGGCCUCAGGCAGGGGAACUAGUGACUUUGUUUUACUUGCUUGUCUACAGUGCUGCACCUCAUAAGACAGAUGAGCCCAUUUUGUUAAUAAAACUUAUUUUUUAUAGAAGUUUUAUCUAUGCUCUGUUGAACCUACAAUUUACACUUAUAUAGUAUCUGAAAAAAUGAAAAUAUUCAGACUAGCAUAAACUUAGAAAAUAGUACAGCAAAUUUUAGUUUGGUAAGAGUGUUCAAUUGUACAACCUGGCACUUUUUUAAAAUAUAAAAUUCAUGUAUUUUUCUUAAAUUGUAUGAAAAAGUGCUUAACUACAUGAGCUGUGCCUCUAAUGAAAAACCCCAGCCUUAACCGUCUGGGGAGGGUCCUAAACAGGGGGCGGGCCCUACUAGUUGAUCUUUGCCUGUCACUGCCUUUCCCACAGAUUAUCAGGAUUCUCUGCAUUAAGCUCAGAUGCCCAACGACCCACUAAUAACAGUCUAGUAAGCUACUGCAUUUGAAAUUAUGCUGCUUCUGAAUUGUUUCAAACAUAGCAUCAUUUGUAACACACAUGCCAAUUUUGCAGGUAACAACGUGGGGAACACAAGUCUUAGAAAUUGGUCGACCCCAGUAGUCGUCCCAGCUCAGCCUGCUGUUCUUAAGCAUCACAGAGAGCUUAUGUAUAUGUAUAUGUGUAUGUAUACACACACACAAUAUACAAUACUGUAUAUAAUACCAUAGAGUUGCUUGGUUAGGUUUUAUGGUGACCUGUCAGUUCUCUAGAGUAAGCACAUCAGUGGGAAUGAGUGCAUUAAAGGAGGAAAACAACUUCAUUUUUUGCCAUUUCCCACUCUGUCAGGCUGUGCACAGGAAUGCUGAAAUAGGUCCGUUUUCUAAGUAACAAGCCAUUCCAAUUAAGGGGGACCUAUGAUGUGUCUACAGAAUAGACUCGGGAGCCUUCAACCAUGAGAGGGGACGGACAUUACAAGAGAUUGAUGCUCUGUGGCCGAGAAAAUUUAGUUUUGAGGAUUGUAAACAGCCUCACGUGUAGGUCAGUCACACUUUCUAAUAAAACUUUUGAGAGAACUGA